AUAAACCCACUGGGCACCGGCGGUGGGCACCAACUGCACCAAACUCCUUGCUCCAGCGGACCAGACCCCAGAGGGGUGCACAGGACAAGCAAGGAAAUGAGGACCACUGCCCACCUCAUCCUGUGCCUCCUGGGCUGCCUGGUGCUGAGCCCCUGGCUGGAAGGGGCUAAAACCAAGGACUGUCCCAAAGACUGGCUACGCUAUCAAGGCAGCUGCUAUGGUUUCUUCCCCCAGAAGAUAACGUGGGCGGAGGCUGAGUCGGCCACUCACCCCAUAGCCACCCUCUGGAAAGACCCGCGCACCAGCUCCACAGCAGAGAUAUGA